AUGGAUGUCCGUGACAUGCAUGUUGACAACACAUGUAUGCUUGUCUUCUGGUCAAGUUAUUUUGAAUAUACUUUACCCAUACUACACCUCUUCACUCUGUUGCUAGAGUGGUUGCCAAGGGAGAGUUUGGAGCCCCUAAUGGUCUUUGUGGCCUUUGUUCCAACUUUUGAUCCUCUUCUCCAAGGGGGGCCAGUUGUCUUUCUUUUCAGGAUGCCUCUUGCACUUGACCUGAGAUUCUACAGCUCAAAGACUUUUCUGGCUCUUGAGAUGGGUUCCUUUGUGUCCAUGACCUCCGUGCACUCUGCAGCUCUUUGCGCUCAGGAGCUCAACACCCUCGAGGUGACUAGCGAGGAGACUGUCGCCCAGAUCAAGGGUCAUGUGACUUUGCUGGAGGGCAACCCAGAAGAUCAAGUCCUCCUUCUGGCCGGUACACCCCUGGAAGAUGAGGCCAUCCUCAGCCAGUGUGGGGUGGAGGCACUGACAACUCUGAAAGUCGCAGGCCGAAUGCUGGGAGGGAAAGUCCAUGGCUCUCUGGCCCGUGCAGGGAAAGUGAGAGGCCAGACUCCCAAGGUGGGCAAGCAGGAGGAGGAGGAGGAGGAGGAGGAGGAAGAGAAGGAGGAGGAGGAGGAGGAGGAGGAGGAGGAGGAGGAGGAGGGAGACAACCACCGCCGCUGCCACUGGGCCAAGCCACGGAUGCAGUACAACCGGCACUUUGUCAAUGUGGUGCCCACUUUUGGCAAGAAGAAGGGGCCCAAUGCCAAUUCCUAAGUCUGCAAUCUUGGCUUUCUGGAAUAAAGCCACAGAGUCCAGCUGAAAAAAAAAAAAAAAAAAAAGAAA